AUGCCUACUGGUACUACUGAGUUGAAUAAAAUUUCUGUACAACUUGAACGUGAAGUUAAAGCCAUAUUCCCCAAAAUGCUUGACGAAGGAUUUCAGUCCGCUUCACUGUCAUCUGAAAUUUCUCAAGGCUCUUCAUAUAAUCGUACUGUCGACUUUGAAAUCGGUAAUGAUUUAAGCUCAGGAGUUGUAUUUUCGGCAGAUUUCCAUAAGUUUGAUGACUUGAAAAACUUACUGGAUAGUAAUAAAGAUGCUAUGAAACUGGGUGCAAUGAAGCGGAUUAUUGAGAUGGUUGCUAAAGGUAAAGAUUGUUCUGAUCUCUUUCCAGCUGUUGUAAAAAAUGUGGUUUCAAAGGAUAAUGAGAUACGCAAACUUGUUUACGCCUUUUUAACACAUUAUGCUGAACAAGAACAAGACAUUGCCUUAUUGUCUAUAUCAACUUUUCAAAGAGCAUUAAAAGAUCCUAAUCAGUUAAUUAGAGCAUCAGCUCUACGUGUUCUGUCGUCAAUUCGUAUUCCACUAAUAUUGCCUAUUGUAAUUUUGGCUAUUCAAGAUGCCUCGAAAGAUCUGUCUGCAUAUGUACGUAAAACUGCAGCUCAUGCUGUGCUGAAAGUUUACAGUUUGGAUCCAAGUGAAAAGGAGACAUUGAUUGAAAUAAUUGAUCGUUUAUUGGGUGAUAAAACCACUGUAGUCAUUGGGAGUGCUGUACGCGCUUUUGAAGAAGUCUGUCCGGAACGGUUGGAUUUAAUACACAAACAUUAUCUUAAGCUGUGUAAUUUAAUCAUGGAUGUUGAUGAAUGGGGUCAAGUGAUUAUACUGACAAUGCUUACACGUUAUGCCAGGACACAAUUUCCAAAUCCAGAAAAACACUCAGCCACAGUAAAUGGUGACAACGGGGCUACUUCCAAUGGUGACUCUCCCACCAAUCAAUCAAGCAGUGAUUUGAAGUCAACUGCAGUUGGUGGACGUGACAUUAGUAGUGGGAAUAGUAGUACUCAGCAAACAUCAGAUAACAAUCUCUGCGAGGCGGCGACGUAUUCUAUGUCUGAAGCUUUACCAUUACUGGAAUCGGAUCGAUGUAUUCUAGUCAAUGCAUCCAGAUACCUUUUACAUAGUCAUAACUCAGCUGUGGUUAUGGCAGCUAGUCAAUUAUUAUUCUAUAUGAAUUGUAAAGACGACUAUCCAUCAGUGGUUCGAGCUCUAAUUCGGACGCUAAAUUGCAAUCGUGAAGUUCAAUAUGUGAUAUUAAGUAAUAUAGCCAGUUUAACAAUUGAACAUCGUAAUCUCUUUGAACCGUAUCUACGUACAUUUUUCGUCUAUUCAACUGAUUCACUACAAGUGAAAUUAUUAAAGUUGGAAAUUCUCAGCAGUUUAAUUACUGAAACAUCAAGUUCUGUUAUUCUACGUGAAUUUCAGCAUUAUGUGAAUAGUUUUGAUGAAGAGUUUGUCACUGCAACAAUUCAAGCUAUCGGUCGAUGUGCUAGUAGUGUACCACAAAUAUCAGAUGUCUGUUUAGGUGGAUUACUUCGAUUGAUGUCACGGCCAAAAGAGAAAAUUAUGGCAGAGUGUGUAGUUGUCCUGAGAAAAUUAUUACAAAUGCAAACAACUGAUCAUAAAGAGAUUAUCACCCAUAUAGCACAGUUGGCGGAUACUAUGACAAUUCCAACAGCUUUAGCAUCAAUUCUCUGGUUAUUGGGUGAAUUUAGUCAUCGUGUCCCAAAAAUUGCUCCUGAUAUCCUGCGGAAAAUGGCUAAAUCUUUUUCACAACAAGAAGCUGUAGUGAAGUUCCAGAUAAUUAAUUUAGCCGCGAAAUUGUGUAUUGUAAAUCCACGUCAAACGCAUAUUCUAGCCCAGUAUGUAUUCAACUUGGCUAAAUAUGAUACCAAUUAUGAUAUACGUGAUAAAGCACGUUUCCUAAGAGGAUUAUUAUUUCCACAAAUUAUAAACAAUCCCAAUGUAAAUGGAGAUGGUGCAUCGGUGAACAGUAAUCAGAAGAGUUCGGUUAAAUCAGGUAGCAAUAAUACAAAUAAUAAUAAUUUAUACUUAUCAAAACAUCUUCGUAAAAUUUGUUUGGCUACUAAACCAGCACCAAUAAUUAAAUCACAAUUUGAAGAUAAAUCCAACUAUCGAUUAGGUACAUUAUCGCAUAUACUUCAUCGUCGUGUAUCUGGUUAUCGAGAUCUCUCCGACUGGCCAAUAGUACCACCAGAUCCAUGGUCACGUGUUGUUGUUACACCAACCGUGUCAAAAGUGAAUAAUGAUAAUGAUAACGAUAACGACACCUCAGGGAAGAAUUCACCAAGAUCAAUUAAAACUAACUAUAGCAGUAAUAACAACAAUAAUAAUACAAAUAUAUUCGAUGAACACCAACAGAAACGCCAACGAAAAGCUGAUCGUUUUGGCAAUCUCUCAUUGAAUGACUUCUUCUCAGAGUCAGAAGAUGAUGACGACGACGAGGAGGAGGAGGAGGAGGAUGAGAACAAGGUUUAUGGUGAUGAGGAAGGCGAUGAAAAUGAAGAAGAAGAAGAGGAGUCUACGACUGCAGAAAGAAAAGUGAAGAGAAAGCCUAAAGAUGCUUUGUCGUCAUUUUACGACGAUGAUGAUGAUGAAGUUGCUUCCGAUGAGGAAUUCACCAGUAACGAUGAAGAGAAUGCCGAUGACAAUGGAACCGAAGAGGACGAGGAAGACGAUAAUAGUGAUGGUGAUGAUGAUGACUCUGAUUCUGACUUCGAUUUAGAAUAUUUAAUUCGAUCAAAACAACUGACGAAUACGCAGAAUGCCUUGAAAGAACAAACAUCACCAUCACCACCGUCAGCAUUGAAAUUAAAAACGACCACCAAGCCACUUAGCAAUGAUGGUGAUAAUCGCAACAGUUUACGAGGAGAUGAUGUUUCUCUUUCACAGCAGUUGGAUAAUGACUUACAAAACAUAUCAUUGAAACAAGAUUUAAACAGUUGGUUAAAUGCUCAAUCUUCAUCGAAUGAUUCUAGCGAUAAUGAUGAUAAUGAUAAUGUUGGUGGUGGGGGUGGGGGUGACGUAAAAGCUGGAAUAGGUGAUGAUAGUGGUGAGAAGAAGAUUACUCAACUAUUAAUAGACUUCAACGAUUAUAAAUCAAUUGAAGAUAAUGAAAAGUCUGUAAAUUCCACUUCUAAUUUGGCUCUUCUAACCAGCAAUUCGUGUUUACCGCAUUCUGAAGACUGCUCCUUUGAAAUACACCAAAGUCAAACUGUCUCGCCUUCUAAUCAUUCUGAUUCAUUACGACAACACCAACAACAACCACCGCCGACAACUCUUGAGUGUGUUGAUUAUCCCAUUCAGAUUAUUGAAAAGUCUCCAUUAUGGUUCACACUGACUAAUCCUAAUCCUGAAGAUCAAUUAACCAUUCAACUGCAGUAUUCACGUACAAUAUGGCCAACUAAUCCAAAAUUGAUUGUUAUCAGCUUAAAGUUGUACAAUGAAAGUACUUCUAAUGUUGAAUUUAUUAAUAUACAUUUUGAUUUAAUGAAUACAAUUGUUGGAAGGUUAUUACUAGAUGCUAAUCGUAUACAAUCAUUUCAGCCGAUAGCUCACUUAAAGCCACAAUCAAGUUGUACAGUACAAUUUGGUAUAGAUUUCUCAGGAUUUUAUGAUUCCAUCGAAUUGGAUUUAGUAUAUGGAAUAAUUAUGUCAAAUUCCACAUCGUUGAAUAAUACCAAUGAAGAAAUACAAAAGUGGCGGAUUAGUUUAACUCCAUUGGCAACAGAAUUAUUAAGACCAAUUGAUUAUUUAAAAGAGGAGAAAGAAUACUUUGUACAACGAGACAAACUAAUCUCAAGUCAAUCAUUUCGUCAUAUGCAUUUAAAACUCAAAGGUCAUCUUAAUAUGAAUUCCACAAAUCCAACAGAAUAUUCUCGCCAACUGACAGCUAAUCUUUUACAGCACAUCAAUGUGAAAUAUCAAUUUAGUAAAAUGUAUAUGAAUUCUAAACGAGUAUGCACAGAUUUUGGAUGUUCAGACAGCACACUUGUAUCUCGACCAACUGAUAACACCAGUAACGAUGACAGUCGUUAUAUCACUGUGUAUUUAGCUGGUCAAACUAUAGCCGACAAUCAAUUAUGCCUAAUUCAAUUUUCAUGGUAUUGUUCAGCUGUCAAUAUUAAAAAAAAUGAUAAUGAACACGAAAUUAUUUCAAAUAUAUUUUGUAAUUCUACUAAUAUAUUUCGUAAGAAUUUAUCAACAUGUAUUGAAAAGAUAAUAUUAUCAUGA